AAUCUUGUGCUCCACCUUACCCAACGCGUUGCUUGCGUGCAAGAAAAACCAGAGCGGAGUUUGAGAUUGGGCUGCUACCUCAAGAUUGAAUCUUUUGAUAAAUAUUUUAUUUGUAACCUCCAACAGCAAUUUUCAUUUGCGAGAAUCGUUAACCAUAUUUUAGAGGUCACAUAGCAAUAGUUGCCGUUCUACUUCUCAACCCUUUUCGGAAUGAGGGGUUUGCGAAGCCUUGAGGUCUGGAAACUGGGGGUUGUCAACUAUUUGGAUGCAUUGAAACUGCAGGAAAAGCUGGCCUUGGAAAGAAAACUUCAUAAAAGACGUGACACUCUUCUUUCUUUACAACACCCCCCUACUUACACUGUUGGCAAAAGACAAACUGUUCACAAUUUGUUAAUCCCCCAACCAGAGUUAGAAAAAAUUGGAGCUGAACUUCACUACACACAACGGGGAGGAGACAUUACAUUUCAUGGUCCACACCAAGCCAUUUUGUAUCCUAUUCUAUCGCUUCGUGACAUGGGGCUCGGUGCUCGGAGUUUUGUAGAGAAAAUUGAGUUAACCAUGAUUGAACUAGCUGCUAUGUAUGGUGUGAAAGCUUGUCCAGGACAGAGCGGUGAGACCGGGGUAUGGGUUGGAGAAAGGAAGAUAGGUGCAAUAGGCGUUCGGAUAUCGAGUGGGAUUACUUCUCAUGGGAUGGCAUUUAACAUUGAUCCUGAUUUGAGCUACUUUAGGCAUAUUGUUCCCUGUGGGAUUGCUGAUAAAGAAGUAACAUCUUUGAGAAGGGAGACAGAUUUUGUCCUUCCCGAGGAAGAAAUAAUACAGAAGCAGUUGAUUUCGUGUUUUGCAAGAAUCUUUGGUUAUAGUAACCUGAUCUGGAAGGAGGAUGCUUCAACAAUUUUUGAUAAAGAAACUGAAUGAGAUGAGCUAUUCUAGCCACCAGAUAGUUGUAUAACAUUUUUUAUUUCAUUCUUUGAGAAA